AUGUUUCUUUUUUUUCUCUUUCAUUAUUCUCUCCUAUUCUCGUACUUUCUCGUUCAUCAACUCUCGUUCUUCCCUUCCCGCUUCUUCGAAAUAUCACCUCUCUAUGUCUUUCUAUUUCCUCUCUCUCUAUCUCUCUUUCUUUCUUUCUUUCAUUCUUUAUUUGCAGUUGUGUAUCUGUUUCCUUUCGCUUUGAUCGUAAAUCGCAGAGAGAGGGAAAGAAGAGAGCUGCGUUGUUGUUUGUCAGCGCGGUUCGUUCUCUCUCUCUUUUUUCUCUCUCUCUCUCCCUCGCUCUAUUUCUUUCUCUAUUUCUUCGUCUUUUUUCUCUCUCCCUCUCUCUAUUUCUUUCUAUAUUUCUUCGUCUUUUUUAUAGUCUUCUCUCUCUAUAUUUCUUCUUCUUUUUUCUCUCUCCCUCUCUCUAUUUCUUUCUCUAUUUCUUCGUCUUUUUUCUCUCUCUCUCCCUCUCUCUAUUUCUUCGUCUUUUUUUAUAGUCUUCUCUCUCUAUAUUUCUUCGACUUUUUUUCUCUCCCCCCUCUUUCUCUAUUUCUUUCUCUAUUUCUUCGUCUUUUUUCUCUCUCUCCCUCUCUCUAUUUCUUCGUCUUUUUUUUACAUCUUCUCUCUCUCUAUUUCUUCGUCUUUUUUCUCUCCCCCUCUCUCUCCAUUUCUUUCUCUAUUUCUUCGUCUUUUUUCUCUCUCUCCCUCUCUCUAUUACUUUCUCUAUUUCUUUGUCUUUUUUCUCUCUCUCCCUCUCUCUAUUUCUUUCUCUAUUUCUUCGUCUUUUUUCUCUCUCUCCCUCUCUCUAUUUCUUCGUCUUUUUUCUCUCUCUCCCUCUCUCUAUUUCUUUCUCUAUUUCUUCCUCUUUUUUAUAGUCUUCUCUCUCUCUCUCUCUUUAUUUCUUUCUCUAUUUCUUCGUCUUUUUUUAUAGUCUUCUCUCUCUCUUUUCUUCGUCUUUUUCUCUCCCCCCUCUCUCCCAUUUCUUUCUCUAUUUCUUCGUCUUUUUUCUCUCUCCCUCUCUCUAUUUCUUUCUCUAUUUCUUCGUCUUUUUUCUCUCUCUCCCUCUCUCUAUUUCUUUCUCUAUUUCUUCGUCUUUUUUCUCUCUCUCCCUCUCUCUAUUUCUUUCUCUAUUUCUUCCUCUUUUUUAUAUCUUCUCUCUCUCUAUUUCUUCGUCUUUUUUCUCUCCCCCUCUCUCUCCAUUUCUUUUUCUAUUUCUUCGUCUUUUUUCUCUCUCUCACUCUCUCUAUUUCUUUCUCUAUUUCUUCGUCUUUUUUCUCUCUCUCCCUCUCUCUAUUUCUUUCUCUAUUUCUUCGUCUUUUUUAUAGUCUUCUCUCUCUCUCUUUAUUUCUUUCUCUAUUUCUUCGUCUUUUUUAUAGCCUUCUCUCUUCCUCUCUCUAUUUCUUUCUCUAUUUCUUCGUCUUUUUUUCUCUCUCUCCCUCUCUCUAUUUCUUUCUCUAUUUUUUCGUCUUUGAAUUCACUCUCUUCUCUCUUCGCCUGUGUCUCUCCCUUUACGUCUUUGCUUAUCUCCCCGUCUCUUUUGCCUUUCGUCCCUUGAUCGUCUCCAAUGCAACCCCCCCUUGCAGACACGCUUAUUUCUUCACACGUCAGCAAGCGCUGCAUCAGCGAUCGAUCACUCCCUAA